UUCCAAUCUCUAGAGAGAGAGAGAGAGAGAGAGAAAUAUUAAGAGAGAGAAAGAGAGAGAUGAAACACUGUUCUCUAUAUUAUUAGCUUUAGAAUGGUUUUCUUUGUUUUGGUGUUUUUCUGUUGAAAUCAAUCAAACAAACAAACCCUCCCUCCUCCAGAAAUCUCUCUCUGUGACAAGAAUCCGAAAUUUAGUUCUUAUAUAAUAUAUAUAUAUAUAUACAAAAUUUUUGGGUUCUUUCUUUGUUGUUUGUUUUGAGUAAUAUAUAGCUCAAAAAAAAAAACAGAUUUAUUGAAUAAUACCAAAGCAUUUAUCUGUUUGUACACUCUCCUCUUGUUUUGUUUCCUAGCUGAUCAACCGCUGCUAGCUUUUAAUCUUACCAAAAACCCUUUUGGUUUUUCUCUACAUUUAAAGACAUCCUUAAAUUUUAAUGAUGUCUGCAGGCAAUGUUUUUUCUGUUCCCAAUUCUGCAGCAUCAGCAGCCAAAGUAAUCUUCUCCCACGAGUUCGACCCGAACCCGAACCCAAACCCAAACCCUAACUCCAAACCCGUUUCCAGUAACAACGCUUCCGCGGCCAAGAAGAAACGCAAUCUACCAGGCACACCAGAUCCGGAUGCGGAAGUGAUAGCGCUAUCGCCGAAGACGCUGAUGGCGACGAACAGAUUCAUAUGCGAAAUCUGCAACAAGGGUUUCCAGAGAGACCAGAAUCUGCAGCUACACAGAAGAGGGCACAAUCUUCCAUGGAAGCUGAAGCAGAGAGCGAAGACGGAUCUAAUAAAGAAGAAGGUUUACAUUUGCCCCGAGAAGAACUGCGUCCACCACGACCCGGCCCGGGCCCUCGGUGACCUAACCGGCAUCAAGAAACACUUCAGCAGAAAACACGGCGAGAAGAAAUGGAAGUGCGAGAAAUGCUCGAAGAAGUACGCUGUUCAAUCCGAUUGGAAAGCCCACUCCAAGACUUGCGGCACUCGCGAGUACAAAUGCGACUGCGGCACUCUUUUUUCCAGGAAAGAUAGUUUUAUCACGCACCGAGCUUUCUGCGAUGCAUUAGCGGAAGAAAGUGCAAGGAAUAUUGUAACGACGGUUGGUUCGAAUAAUAACAGCUGCUUCAACUUCACAAGUGAUGUUAAUAAUAAUUUGAUAGGUAACCCUCAUGAGUUCAGUAACAUUAAUCCCACCGGGAUGCCGCAUUUCUCCGGGGCGUUUCGUCCGGAGUUUGCCGGGAAUUCGUUUCUCGGAGGGGACCAUCAUCAGAAUAAGCCGAGAUCGUUGUCGCUUUGGAUGGACCAACAACAAGCGAAUAAUAAUAUUAAUUCUCAGAUGAACGAUCAUAGUUCGAACAUGUUCGGUUCGAAUAAUAACGGUUUGCCUGAUCAUCAUAUGAUGCAUAUGUCGGCGGCAAACAAUGUAUACGGGUCGAGUUCGUCGUCGAUGGGGAACUACGGGAAUUUGUCUCUAUCGCCGUUACUCCCGCCGCAGCAUGGUUUGAAGGAGGAGCAGUUGUUAAUUAAUAAUCACGGUAACAAAGGGAACAACGCGACAUCGUCGUCGAUGAUGGCGGAUUCUCUAGCUUCGCUUUAUUCGGAAAGCCACCAGUUGCCGGCGGCGGCGGCCAAAUCGUCGCCGCCGGCGCCAAUGUCUGCGACCGCUCUCCUGCAGAAAGCGGCGCAGAUGGGCUCGACGAAGAGCAACCCGAAUUUCUUCGGUAACUCCGUCGGAGUGAUGAUGAACAAUAACUCUUCCUCUCCUUCUUCUUCCUCGACGACGAACAAUCUAUCUUUCGGCGGCAACGCAGCCUUGGCUCAAAACAGGAGCGAGCUGCACCAGGUGUUCGGCGGCGGAGGACAGCGGCCGGAGAAUCCCACCGCCGACGAAAUGAUGAACUUCAGCACUGCGGCGGUUGGUAAUAUAGGCGACGGUCGCCAUCGUCAUCAUCAGUCUAUGAUUAGCCAAUCGGCGGCGCUGAACAUGCAUUCUGCGUUGCAUGGGGUGGAGAAUAGUUUGACUAGGGAUUUUCUGGGGAUCGGCGGAGGAGAUGGCGGCGCCGGCGCCGGUGGGCCGUUCUCGCCGCAGGAGCUGGCGAAAUUCGCUUCCAUGAGUUCGGCCAUGGGGCUGAGCCACUUCACUAGUAAUCACUAGCUACUAAUUAGUUGCCACUUGUUAAUUUAAUUUCUUUUAAUUUUCUCAGUUUUUUUUAUUUA